AUGGCUCCUUCCAGUUCUUUCGAUCUUUCAAGUGUGUAUCCACCAAACACUGCUAUCAAUGUCGAAGAUGUCUAUGGCAUUGUGAAAACUGGUGAUUUUACGUUCAAAGGUAAGGAACCACUCCAGAAACCAGCUGCUGCUGCGCGUGGGGCCUACGGUGGAAACAUUGCUGGUCAAGCCGUUUUGGUAGCUAUCAGAUCGUCGCCAGAAGGUUUCUUUCCUCACUCGCUCCAUUCAUACUUUGUGAAGCCUGUUUCGUCCACUGCUGUCGUUGAUUGGGAAGUUGAAGAAAUUCUGUCGGGAAAGAACUUUUGCAAUCGGGCUGUUAAAGGGCUGCAGGACGGAGAACUCAAGUUCUUUGCAAAUGUGUCGUUGACAAAGAGAAAUUCGUUCAAGACUAUACUCAGACCGCUCCUGUUCCAAACACCACAGCAUGAUUGGUUUGAUCGUAACAAAGUGCAAGAUAUUCCUCUAGACACCCGCGGAGCUUGCAACUUGGUUUAUCACAAGUUGCCAGAGGAAAUGCAUGACUUGCAGCUUACGGGAAGGGAGGAUAGCAUCCCAGCAGCGGAGAGAAGAGUAUCGUACUAUACUCAAUGGGGAAUUGAGAACGAAGGUGGCGUCAACCAGCCAUUAACAGGAGUAACGAAAGAGUUCCAAUUUGUGGGAUUGGCUGUGAUCUCCGAUGCUCUCUUUUUGACAAGAUUGGCCAGAGUUCUUCGUGUUGAGGGAGUGGACUUGAAGGAUUUUGUUCACUAUUUCCUGGUUUCUUUGGACCAUAUUAUUUAUUUCCACGACGAGGACUUUGACACCACCAAAUGGAUGCAGUUUUCGUUCAAGGCGGUGAGAUUAGUCAACAAUAAGGCUCUCCUAGAGGCUGAAAUGUAUGAUAGCAAGGGAGUCCAUGUAGCUACAGUUAUUCAGGAGGGCUUGGUGCAUUUCAACGGGUUGGAGAGUCACGCUAAGUUGUAA